AGUGAGAGGGAGAGAGAGGCUGGAAAGCAGAGACAGAGAGUUGCGCAGGAGCGAUGGAGAGACAGGCUUUUGCUGUGAUCAGUGUUUUCAUCAGUAGUCUUCUUCUUUAGCUGCUGUGUCGUGGGGAUUGCAGACAUUUAGCCAUUCGAACUUGGAUUUUCCUCUCACCCGCACACACACACACUCAAACCUGAGUGUGCACACAAACAACACAUACACACAGCGGCUGCUGUGCUAGUAUGGUAAGAUGCUACUGCGGUGUGACAUGUGUGUCAGGUGUGUAUGAGAUGGAAAUCCAUGUGUGUUGAUUCCCAUGCACACUUUGACACACUCACACUUUGACUUGAUGCCUGGUGCCUCUGACAGGCUGAAGGACACACAACCGGCCUGGCCAGGGGCCCUCCAUGCCAUGGAAGAAUGCAAGCAGAUCAUGGCACGCCAGAAAUCUAACAGCCAGUCGGACUCACACGAUGAUGAGGUUUCUCCCCCACCACCCAACCCUGUUGUCAAGGCCCGGCGCCGCAGGGGAGGGGUCAGUGCCGAGGUCUACACUGAAGAGGACGCUGUCAGCUACGUGCGCAAGGUGAUCCCAAAGGACUACAAGACCAUGACCGCCUUGGCCAAGGCCAUCUCCAAGAAUGUGCUGUUUGCUCACCUGGAUGACAAUGAGAGAAGUGACAUAUUUGAUGCCAUGUUCCCAGUCACCCACAUUGCAGGGGAAACAGUCAUCCAGCAAGGCGAUGAAGGAGACAACUUCUAUGUGAUUGACCAAGGUGAAGUGGAUGUGUAUGUGAACGGGGAGUGGGUCACCAGUAUCGGAGAAGGAGGUAGUUUUGGAGAGCUGGCCUUGAUCUAUGGGACUCCCAGAGCUGCCACCGUCAAGGCCAAGACCGAUCUUAAACUGUGGGGCAUCGACCGAGACAGCUACCGGCGCAUUCUCAUGGGCAGCACACUGAGGAAGAGAAAGAUGUAUGAAGAGUUCCUUAGCAAGGUCUCCAUCCUGGAGUCUUUGGAUAAGUGGGAACGUCUGACAGUGGCCGAUGCUCUGGAGCCCGUUCAGUUUGAGGAUGGAGAGAAGAUAGUGGUGCAAGGAGAACCUGGUGAUGACUUCUUCAUUAUUACAGAGGGAAUAGCCUCUGUUCUGCAGCGCAGGUCCGACAAUGAGGAGUAUGUGGAGGUUGGACGCCUCGGACCCUCUGACUACUUUGGUGAAAUCGCCCUGCUGCUGAACCGCCCCAGAGCAGCCACCGUAGUCGCCCGUGGUCCACUCAAGUGUGUGAAGCUGGACAGGCCCCGCUUUGAGCGUGUGCUGGGGCCAUGCUCAGAGAUCCUCAAGAGGAACAUCCAGAGAUACAACAGCUUCAUCUCCCUCACUGUGUGACAGGUUGGCCCCUCUGGGCCCCACCAGCAGGGGUGGGCGGCAUCAGCAUCAGAGUUUUGGUCCGUGGGUGGGAAGAGGUGAGGAUGCGGGGUAAAGGACAUGGGGUUUUACAUCCACAAUGACAGGGCGCUCAUUUCCUGUCUUUUUUUUUGUUUGUUUCCAUUUUCUGCGUUUCCUUUCUUUUCUUUGAUCUUGUGCACUUUGACUUGACCUGUGUUGUCACGUAGCUUUCUGUCAAAAACAACAUGCAGGAGUGAAAAAAAUCAGAGCGAGGACAGAGAUCAUACAACUGUAAAUGACUCAUAUAUACAGUGUGUCAACUGUAUAUGAUGCAUGCUUCUAGACAGUGGAAUGGUGUUUGCACUUUCAUGAAUUUAUGAAGGGUAUGGAUGAAUUCAGGAAAUAAGAAGGAAGUAAAGUCAUGUUUACGUACAGCGGUAAGAAGUGAGUACACAUUUCUUUGCUCGCUGGCUUUGGUUUGCCUUUUUAUCACUUCUGUGUGUGCGUGGUGCCAUUUCUAAGUCAAAUCAGACCCGCACUACACAGACCUCUGUUCCCUAAAGCGUAGAUGUAGAGGUAUGACAAAAACUAAAAUCUUGCCUGUAUCAUUCAGUUUUACUGCUUCUUAAAUGUGCUUUUACUGCUGUUAUCAGUUGGGGGGGUUGUUAGAAGAAGUGAUAUGUUGAGUUAUGAUUUUAUGUGGCGUGUGCCAGCCAAAUUAACUGACGAGUUGUUUUUUUCUCAAGAAAUCAUCUCUAUCCUGAUAUUCCCUGCAGCGGUUCAGUCUGAUCUGUGAGCUGUGGUAUUCCAGAGGCGCAGUAGUGUUAUCAGUCCAGUCCACACACACACAAACAGAGUCUGAAACACGCUGACAUGAAACACACAACCAUACCGUAUACGCUUACACUGUCUCAGGACUAUAUGAAUCUUUAACACUCACACAGACACACAAACGUCUUACCUGAUGCUUUUUUAAGCUGAUUUUGUUCUAUGUUAAAUUGCUAGAUGAAAGCUUUUGCACCACUUUAGAGUUUGUAACGUUGGGUCAAUACAGAAAGUUGAUUCAGCUGUUUUUAAGACAUGACAUAUGUUAUAAAUAUAUUAAAGAAAGAGGUAGAAAAUAUACUUGUGUUGCUCUCCUUGCACUUGCACAACUGACCCAGUGACUGAUGUAUAAAACAGGACCUUAACAAUAGAAUUUUUCUGUAUUUUCUCUCUGUAUCUUUCUUUCAACUAUCAAACCAUCUUGAGCAAAUAAAGAUAAGCUUCUGAAA